CUACAUUAUCAUGGUCACCAACAUGGUCACCAUCAAUAACACAAACUCCGAUACCAAUAAUAUCUCAGACGACUUCGACAAAUUCUCAGCAACUACCAGAACGACCAACAGAACAUACACGACCAACACAACAACCACAACAGCAAAGUCAACCAACAACCUCCGCUAUACUUAAUGAUAAUACUACUGCUACUACUUCUAACAUACCUGAUAACACUGAACCUGCCUCACCCACAGAUUCCACCGAUAAUUCUUCUCCAACCGACUCUUCAAACACAGAUGGGCAACAAAAUGCUUUGAGCGAUGAUCAAGUAAACCUCAUAAUCCAAUUUAACAUUGAUUUGAGUAUAACGAGUAUAAUAGGUGGACUACUAGUGCUAUUAGUCAUAGCUUCAAUGUGGCGUUAUGAUAAAAAAUUAGUGAAUCGAGUAUCUCUACGAUUAACCGCCGUCAUUUCCUUUGUUGACGUAUUGAACGCCAUUGCACUCAUAAUUUACACUAAUUAUACACCUGACGAUACACCUUUAUGCACGGGAAUCGCUGCCGCGUUGUCUUUUUUUCCUCAAGUUUAUUUAUUUCUGACUGUGAUGAUUGCAUUCAACCUACAGUUGGUUUUCUUACACCGACGAAAAAUCUCAAAAUUCUCGGAUCGUUGGUAUAUUCCGGUAGCUAUUCUUGCUGCUUUAGUGUGCAAUGUCCCACCCUUGGUACUUAAUCGAUUUGGAUUCGAUGAAGCAUCAGCAGAUUGCUAUUAUCGUGAUAGCAAGAGCACCGAGACUUUCUACUGGAUAUUAUUCGCGUUCAUCAUACCAAUUCUAUUCGCGAUGGUUUAUUGCACGGUAGUAUUUGUCAUCGUGGUGUUCAAGAUUGUAUUUGAAAAUAGAAAAUUGGCCGAGACCGUCCAGACUGGAAGUGCCACAUUGUCAAUGAAAGCAAAAAAACAAAAACUGCUCGUUUUGAGAUUGGCCAGUCGAAUAUCACUGUACGCGUGUAUUCCAGUUUUGAGCGUUGCCGGUAUCGUUGUGAUGUUUAUUUGGUCAAAUCUAGCAGUUGGUGUUUUUAUUCCUUACUGGGUUACUCUUUGGUCGGUAAUUGGUUCGAGUCUUCCAGCAUUUAUAUUUGAUCCAGCAGUUCAUAAUGCAGUUAAAAAAGUGCGACGAGAGCUCGUACGAAAAUAUGGAUAUCCCACAGAUCAAAUGGGGUCAACAACGUCAAGAUCAACAUUCAGUCCACCACCAUCCCCAUCAAUUCCAAUAUCUCCUUCAUUUCGAAUGUCAAAUGCUGAUUCAUUUGUUCCGGGCAACAAUAGAUUUAUGAUCUGGUUUGUGCGUAAAUUCUUGGCUCCGAAACAACGUGUCAGUAAUCCAAUGACAACAACUAUCUCAAGUGCCUCAAACGGCUACAAUUAUCCUCGAUCGCAACGUGAAGGUCAUCGUCAUUCCGUUGCUGACACAUCGAGUCGAGCUGAUAACGAUUCUGAUUUAAUUGGAGUCGCGAUUUCAACCCCUGAUAAUACAGUUUCAACUGCUGCCUCGAGUUACGCGACUUUUGACAGUAGUAGUAGGUUAAUGGGGCAUAAUAAUGAUACGAUCGCAUCUUUUCAUAAUCGAUAUGAUCGCGAAAAUUCAAUUUAUAGUCAAUAUUAUUAUUCUUCGGAAGAUGUUGAAGCCAUGGGGAAUAGUCGUCCUUCUAGUUCAAUAGAUGACGAAUCUGAAUGGGAACAAUACGAGAUGACUGCAUUAUAA